GGAAAAGUUAGCACAUGUGACUCCAUUUUGGUUUGGGGCCCACCAUUGUUUAAAUGCCAGCACAUCAUACACCAGGAGGAGUAAUCCUUAGAUAUUGAAUCCCUGUGAAAAUCCUCCUCCUUGUCUCCAGCCUGCCUUGACUCCCAGUAUCUGGUUUUUGUCAGUCUCUAACUCCCUGUCUCUUGGCCUUGAUGUGAGGCCUCCCAUCCUGAUAAUAAAAGUUACUGAUGCAUAGCUUUAGGACCAUGCUGUGUAAUUAACAUACUGGUAUAGCACGAGGAAUGCACCAAGCAGGGAUAGGUGGUAGAUAAGACAAGGGUUUGUUUAUUGGCUAAGGUUUCCGAUGCACGAGGGCAACAUGCUUUGCUAAAAGGUAUAUAACCUUUGUAUAAUUUGCAUUCAGGGUCCCCUCCUGGCUAGCAGGGGGGCACCACGCUCGAGCGUAAUAAACUUAGUGUCUUUUGGGAACUCUGCAGUUGUGGACUUUGUUUCUGUGCCUCAGCCUAGAUUCGAACUGUGCGUGACCUAUCAGGUAUAAUUCGCAGCACUUGUGUGCGUGUCCUACCAGGUGUAAUUCGUAGCACUUGUGUGCGUGUCCUACCAGGUGUAAUUCGUAACAUCAGCAAAGCAGCAGCAGCGGCACAGAGCCAAGGUGAGGCUGCAAAGCGACAGUGAGGAUGGUUUCCUGGUUGGAAGAGGCCAGGAGCCCAAACACACCUGCAGGCUUGCUCCGCCCCAGUAUUUCCAGCUCCAGCUGCUUGUCUCGGGCUCCUAACUCACCCAGGGCCGCUCACAGGAGGCAGGCUCUGAAUGGACGUGCGCGCAAGACCCAGCAGGCUUGGAAGAGCCACCCGCGGAGAUGAGGCGAUGCUGCACCUGGCGCGGAUCACAUGUAAACAGCUUGCUGACCCUGGUCGGCGCCGCCCCCGGCCUACCGCCCCAGUCCAAGCCAGGCAGGCGUUUUGAUUACCGUCCAAAAACAGAUUCCUAUUGUCAAGCUCGUUACACUUUCUGUCCUACUGGCUGUCCCAUUCCAGUAAUGAAGGAUGAGGAUGUCAUUGAAGUCUAUCGAUUACAGGCUCCAGUGUGGGAAUUCAAAUAUGGGGAUCUGCUUGGACAUUUGAAUAUUAUGCAUGAUGCUGUUGGCUUCAAGAGCUCUCUAACUGGCAAAAACUACACAAUGGAAUGGUAUGAACUCUUUCAGCUUGGAAACUGCACAUUUCCGCAUCUCCGGCCUGACAGGGAUGCACCAUUCUGGUGUAAUCAGGGAGCUGCUUGCUUUUAUGAAGGAAUAGAUGAUGUACACUGGAAGGAAAAUGGGACCUUGGUUCUGGUGACUACUAUAUCAGGAACAAUGUUUAACCAAAUGGCAAAAUGGGUACAAUGUGACAACGAAACUGGCAUAUACUAUGAGACCUGGACAGUUCGAGCAAGUCCUGACAAGCAUGCGGUAGUGUGGUUUGAAUCUUAUGAAUGCUCGAAAUUUAUAUUAAGAACAUACCAGAAGUUGGCUGAUUUAGGGGCUGUAUUUAAUAAGAUACAAACAAAUUACACCAGCAUUACUUUGUUUACUGGAGAACCCAUUUAUUUGGGGAAUGAAACAUCUAUUUUUGGACCUCUAGGAAACAAGACGGUGGCUGCAGCCAUAAGAGAUUUCUACUAUCUAUUCAAACCUCAUCAGUCUGUUGAAGAGUUCUUCUUGAAUGUCUUAAAAAUAGUAGAUCAGGUUGUCUUGAACCACCAGUUUUACCUCUUUUACAACUUAGAAUACUGGCUUUUACCUAUGAAGUCCCCUUACAUCAAAAUAACUUAUGAAGAGAUCCCUUUACCUAAUGAAGACUAUAUGAAGGUUGGUUUGUAAUUAUUUCAUUAGUACCAAAAAUGCCCUUUCUCCCAGAUGUUCCUAAGGAUGUUGAUGUUAUAUUGGUACGAUUACUGCAGAAAUGGCAGCUCCUUAUACUGUAUCUGCAGUGAGAAGGCUUUUUUGAAUGUAGGUUCUAUGUAUAUUCAUUGACUCUUCACGCAAGGAAGGGCAGAACAAAGAGUCCCCUGCUUGCUAGCUGCAUUACAGCCCCGGAAUUCUCAAGGGGUUUGGACCUGUCAUUGACCACAUGACUGCCAAUCAUCUGCUUCUUCUUAAGGAUGGGAAUCUGUAGGAGCUGGUUACCAGCAGACACAGGGGCUUGCUAGCUUGACUCCAUCAAAAAUGUACCUUAUACCCAUUGGAACAGUGUAUAUUUCAUAUUUGAAAGGAUGGAACUGGGACCAGUUGUCCUGGAACAUGAUGAAGUCAGCAGACAUGGAAAUGGGUUGAGAGCUGUUAGUAGAUUACAGCUGUCAUGCUGAUGACUCCUUUGUUAGAAGGUGGUGGUGGUGAUGUGCAAAGUCUGACUCUGGUUCUAGGGAGUUAGCGUCUGAACACUUUGCUGUUGGUAAUCUGCUGAGGUGAUGGGUAUUGAUGAAAGAGGAAUAAUCGCAUCUAAUUUGAGCUUGCAGUCUGUUUGUGUAGUACUAGGAUUUUAUGGUUGUAUUUUGUCUAAUUUUAGAAUGAAGGAUAAAGUGUGUAUUAAAUGUAUUGAUGUAUGAUAUGAUUUGACCAUAUUCUGCCAGCCAUCUUUCUGAAAGCAGAAAGGAAUGGCCUAGUGUGCCAUUGGUAAAGAUGCAUCAGCCAGAAUCUUGUGUCUGAAGCUGAUUUCAAGGCAGUAAUAGACCUUUAGGGUCACCACUUUGUUGUAGGUUUAAAAUUAGCAUUUUGAAAUAAGUAAAAUAAUGCAAUGAUUGUUUUGUGCUGCAUUGCAAUUUGAUGUUCCUGUUCAAAUGUUCUGUGUAAAUCAUUCCGGUUUUGUGUGUGAAUGAGGAAUGUGUGUUUUAGAAGAUAAGUAUAAAGGCCAUCACCGGACCAGAUGUUCUAGGGAAGAACCAAGAACAGAGAUAAAGGCGCCAGGAGAUUGCAACAUGUCCCUAUUGAGAUGUCAGAGGAGAGCAGAUUGACGACUCUAAAGAUGAAGCAGGCACCUAUCAAUCAGGACAAGAUAGCUGUGAUCAAAAUCAGCAUGGGGUAACUUCCUGAGAGACUGAUGAAGGAACAAGAUAAAGGAUGAGAAGAACAAUUUAAGAAAACAAGCACUCGUCAAAUGGCGAUUGAUUACAGCAUGACAGUGCAAAAUUCAUUGGUCCCAAUGAAGAAAGAUCACUAUAUAAACAGGGUGCUUUGUCAUGAAACUUUGGGUUCGUCCUGCCAAGACUUCCCCGGAGGAUCGUGUUGCGACCAAGAGAACCCGGCUCCUCCGUACCUGUGAUCAGCCCAGCUGGCCACUAGGUUGCUCCGGACUCUGAACUGGUAACUAUAACAUCGACUUGUGCGUGUGAUUGAAUGCAUAUGCUAAUUGUUGUAUUGCCAAUAAGUGCGGCAUAUUGCAUUUUCCCCUGAAAAAGAUCCUGUGUGUUUCUUAUAAGCAUGACAUUUGGAACUAGUGACUGGUUACAGAAGCAACAUCAAAACUUGUAAAUUUGUUAAUAAAGAUUAAAAUAUUUGGUCUAAUAA